AUGGUCUCACUAUGGCCAUGGAAGAAGGACGACUCCUCGACUGCCUCGUUUGAAAAGACCCUGUCCGUCCUGUCCACCAACAUCACCAACACUCAAGCUCGACUCGAAAGAGCCCGCGCCUCUAGCCGUCGUGUCCGCCUCCUCUGCACCCUGUACCUCUCCAUCGCCUACCUCAUCUAUGCCAUCGUCGUCCUGGUCGUCAUUGGGACGAAGAACAUAGGCGCGUACGAAUGGUCUGGCCUGGCUGGCGGCCCGGUCUUCAUCUACCUCGUCCGCACCGUCACCACUGCCGUUUACGACGUCCGCAUCGAUAGCUUGAGCUCAAAGCUGAAGGGCCUUCAAGGCGAGAGGGCCACGACCAUUCAGAAACUGAAGGAUGCCACCAAAUACGAUUCUACGCUGGAGCUUCUGGAGAAGUACGGUGGAACAGACGGGAACCCGAAGCCCAAAAGAAAGAACACCGAGGAUGGCGAUGCCGAAAACAAGAAGAGCCCGCGCUCACGGCGACAGAACCCGGGUCCCGCUCAACGCACACACAUGCCUCCGCCUGCCACCGCGAACAUCCGCCGCAACGCUCUUCCCCUCUCGAACCCAGGAACGCCUCAGCCAUCAGGCACCAGACCACAGGACUCCCUUCAGCAGCAGCACCGCCUGCCGUCACCGCACCAACGCACUGAACCCUCGGCCGAGUUUGCGCCCAACGCAUAUGAAGCACCCAGGCCCCAGUCAGCCCAUGUCGCCGGGGCACAGUAUGAGAUGAACCCUGCUGGGCUGCAAAAUCACUGGUAUGACAGAAUCAUGGACACGCUGCUCGGCGAAGACGAGACGGCCGCCAAGAACCGCAUCGUCUUGAUCUGCAAGCAGUGCCGGCUUGUCAACGGCCAGGCGCCCCCAGGGACGAACAGCCUGGCCGAGAUGGGACUCUGGAAGUGCAUGGGUUGCGGAGCCAACAACGGGGAAGAAAACGAGGGCAAGCGGAUUCUCAAGGAAGUUUUGGGUGGGAGGGGUGACUCUACAGAGAGGACAGAUGACGGGCACGAGAGCGACUUGGUUGAAGUAAGGGGUGAUGAGGCUUCGGAAGAGGAUAAUGUGCCUGUGAAGGUGGAAGAGGAGACUACCGGUGCGAGGAAACGGAAAGGGAAAGGUAAAAAUUGA